UGGUGGUGAGGAUGUUGGCUGCUCCAGAUUGUGCUCAUCAUUACCAGGACAUCACCCCGGCCUCCCUCUGCGCCCUCCCAGCUAACGCCACCAGCCGCAACUUGUGUGAGGCAGAUUUGGGCGGCCCUCUGGUGGUGGAGGGAAGAAGCGAGAAGGGGGUGAAGGGUCAGUAUGUGCAGGUCGGGGUGGCAGUCUACACCGACGGCUGUGAGGAGCACGUUGAUGAUGGGCGCCUUCCUGGAGUCUACACCGACCUCACCCCUUACCUUCGCUGGAUUAACGAAACUGUGGGUCCAGACGACACUUGCCACUAGAGGAUCCGUCAAUUGGCCCCGUCCUGGACCUGUCUAGGCCCCGUCCUGGACCUGUCUAGGCCCCGUCCUGGACCUGUCUAGGCCCCGUCCUGGACCUGUCUAGGCCCCGUCCUGGACCUGUCUAGGCCCCGUCCUGGACCAGACUAGACUCCGUCCUGAACCCAUCUAGUCUACGACCUUGAUAUUGCCAGAGGUUCCGCUCCACUAUCACAGGUUAAAAAUUGGCCCCCGCUCCACCACAGGAUUCACAAAAGGAAUAUAUUUAAGUAAUAAAAAGAAUGUCAGUAGGUAUAAAUUAUACUAAUUACAGAGAACAAGAUGGAUGACCUCAGACCACUGGCAUGUGUUGAAAAUUUAGACAUAAUAGCACUCGCAGAAACAUUGUUGAAUAUCGACUCUAAGGACCUACUCAUCUAAUACCAGAUUAAAGGACAUAAGCUCUUUCAGGUUAACCGAACAUAUAGAAAAUAGGGUUGAGUUGCUCUAUAUAUAUGGAGAUCAACUCAAAGGCUCAUUCAGAAACCAUAUGAAUAAUAUUGAAAGAGGGAAAUAAAAAACUACAAGUAGGAGUAUUAGU